ACCUGAAAGUAGAGAAAGAAAUAUUUAUUGUUGCUGCUUUGCUUGUUCAUUUCUUCCGCUAUACAUGCUGCAUUGUUUCUUUGCUUUUUUCCUUUUGAUAGAUAUUUUAUGGCUGAGGAGGAGAUAGAGGAGGUACAUGUCGGUCCAUGCGUUGGAUCCGACGCCGUUAAUGGUGGAGCACAACCUCAUGAGGAAGGGUUGCCAAGAGGCAGAGGUGAAGGAAAUAUGUUCUUGGUUUGGGAAGAUCUGACGGUGGUGCUGCCAAACUUUGGCAAUGGACCUACCAGGAGAUUGCUUAAUGGACUAACUGGGUCUGCUGAACCAGGUAGGAUCAUGGCAAUCAUGGGUCCAUCUGGGUCUGGAAAAUCUACUCUACUUGAUGCAUUAGCAGGUAGACUCUCUGGAAAUGUUGUCAUGAUGGGAAAUGUUCUUCUUAACGGGAAGAAAAGGCUAGACUACGGUAGUGUUGCUUAUGUGACUCAAGAGGACAUACUUUUGGGAACUCUAACUGUGAGAGAAACCAUAACUUACUCUGCUCAUUUGAGGCUCCCAUCAUCAAUGACCAGAAAAGAUAUUGAUGGCAUUGUGGAGGGAACAAUCAUAGAAAUGGGUCUUCAAGAGUGUGCUGAUAGGCUUCUUGGAAACUGGCACCUACGGGGUGUAAGCGGUGGGGAGAAAAAAAGACUAGGCAUUGCACUUGAAAUCCUCACAAGGCCCCAUCUCUUGUUUCUUGAUGAACCUACUAGUGGCCUAGACAGUGCCUCGGCCUUUUUUGUGAUACAAACUCUUAGGAAUGUUAGCCGUGAUGGCAGAACUGUCAUCUCUUCAAUCCAUCAGCCAAGUAGUGAAGUAUUCUCACUUUUUGAUGACCUGUUUUUACUCUCCGGUGGAGAACAAGUUUAUUUUGGAGAGGCAAAAAUGGCUGCAAAGUUCUUUGCUGAAGAAGGAUUUCCAUGUCCAAGUCGGAGAAAUCCUUCAGAUCACUUCCUUCGUUGCAUAAAUUCAGAUUUUGAUGUUGUUGCAGAGGCUCUGAAGGGAUCUCAUAGAAUAUCUGUAAAAAUGUUUCUCAUUUAUGAACUGCAGGAAUUUCAAAAUACCUCGGAUCCUUUGACAAACUUAGCAACAGCACAGAUUAAAGCAUUGCUUGUUAAGAAAUACAGAAGCUCAGAUUAUGUGGCAAAGGCAAGAGCAAGAAUUCAAGAAAUCUCAACCAUUGAGGGACUCAUGAUUGAAAAAAGGCACAGCAGCGAAGCAACAUGGUUGAAGCAACUAUCAACAUUGACACAGAGGUCCUUUGUAAACAUGUCUAGAGAUUUGGGGUAUUACUGGUUAAGGAUAGCCAUCUAUGUGGCCUUAUCUAUUUGUGUUGGCACGAUUUUUUUCAAUAUUGGAACAAGCUACAAUGCAAUCUUAGCUCGUGGGGCCUGUGGCGGUUUCAUAUCAGGUUUCAUGACAUUCAUGUCUAUAGGAGGUUUCCCAUCCUUCAUUGAAGAACUUAAGGUUUUUCAUCGAGAAAGACGCAAUGGACAUUAUGGGAUUGCUGUUUAUAUACUCUCAAAUUUCCUAUCUUCAUUUCCAUACUUGACUGUGAUGUCCCUUGCUACAUCAUCAAUUACUUAUUACAUGGUGAAAUUUCGUCCAGGAAUUUCACAUUUUAUGUAUGCCUCCCUUGAUCUUAUUAUCUCCAUUGCAACUGUAGAGAGCUGCAUGAUGAUGAUCGCAUCAUUAGUUCCUAACUUCAUGAUGGGAGUCAUCAUUGGAGCUGGAUAUAUUGGUUUAAUGAUGAUGACGGCCGGGUAUUUCCGAUUGCUGCCUGAUCUCCCUAAGAUAUUCUGGCGUUACCCUGUUUCAUAUAUCAACUAUGGUGCAUGGGCAUUACAGGGAGCAUACAAAAACGAUAUGGUAGGGCUGGAGUUUGAUGGAUUCAUCCCUGGUGGUCCAAAACUGAAAGGUGAUGUUGUCCUCACAACCAUGCUUGGCAUUCGGCUGGAUCAUUCAAAGUGGUGGGAUUUAGCAGCUGUUAUAAUGAUUUUGAUAGCUUACAGACUUCUUUUCUUUGUCAUUAUCAAGUUCAAGGAAAGGGUCUCACCUUUGUUUCGAACUCUUUAUGUGAAGCGAACUUUACAGCAUCUAAAAGAAAGACCUUCUUUCAGGAAAACAUCGGCCUUUCCGUCCAAGAGGCACCAAGCUCUCCAUUCACUGUCUUCUCAAGAGGGUCUAAAUUCUCCAAUCAACUAGAAGAAUCAAUAGAUCAUAAGUAUUCUAGUAAUGCUCUUAUUAUAAUUCGAUUACAGAAACAAGGGAAAGGAUGAUAGUAACAUUACUUACAAAUUAGCUAUAUCAGCCUUAUUUUUCAAGCGCUUGUUCAUUGACAUUCCUUUCCCUUCUCAUAUCUGCAAAUUGUUCUAGCAUU